AUGGCGGCGCCUCCUCCGUCUAUAUCGAAGUACCGAGGGGCACGCCCCGCCGCCCUCUCCAUCAUUGGAUCUAUAUCAUCACGCCCGUCUACACAAGCUACACAAUCUACACACGAGCUCAGAUGGCACGCUCGCACCAACUCCGAAGAGCGCAGCUUGAUCUCUGACAUCCUUCAAGAUCUGGCUGACAACUGCGAGACUGCAUUCGACCGAGCAACCGACCAAGCACGGUUAGGCACAGCCUCAUAUAUCUCUUACAACGCACAAGGACAAGACCUCGCCCAAGAUCUCGCCCAGUCACAACCAUACUCGCAGAGGCGGGAUUGCGCUACCUCCUACACAACCAACAACCUACGAGAAGAUCUACAAGAAAUCCGACCUUACCUGCGGGCAAGCACUCUAAUGGCACUAGAAGGGAUAUUGCGGCUGAAUGAAGCCAACGAGGCUAAUGCAGCCAACCCAGCUUUCCGCCGGAACACAAUAAGACGGGUUUCAACAUCCGAGGAUGGCGAUCACGUACCAGUCAUAAUGGACCCAUACGACGAUACAAAUUACUCCAGUCCCACCAGCUUCAAAUUCGACGACGAGAGUAUCAUGGACGGGCCUCUCAGUCCUGCAAUGGGCAAAUACCCAGACCGAAACUACCGCAGGAGUAAUCUCCGGGAUGCGCAUUCGAUGAGCGACGAACCUUUUGAUGAGGAACCGACCGUUUACGACAUCGAACGACAAAGAGGAGCGCCAAAGGCACCAUCUCCAUACCCAUCCACUGCGAAGACAGCGAUCAUAAUGCUCUCGUUGUACAUCUCCAUCUUCCUUGUCGCUCUUGACCGAACCAUCAUCGGCCCAGCGAUCCCCGCCAUCACGAACGAGUUCAGCAGCAUUGGCGACAUCGGAUGGUACGGUAGCGCAUACAUGCUUACAGCAGCCGGCUUCAUCCUUUUAUAUGGUCGCAUAUACACCUUCUUUCCAACCAAACCAGUCUUCUUAUCCGGCAUCUUCUUAUUCGAACUCGGAAGUAUCAUCUGCGGCGCUGCGCGGAACAGCAAUAUGCUCAUCGUUGGGCGCGCGGUCGCGGGCCUGGGUAGUAGCGGUAUCUUCACCGGCGCGAUUCUGAUCAUGUUCAACACUGUGCCGCUAGCUAAGCGACCCAUGCUGCAGGGUCUUUUCGGCGCAUGCUUUGGUGUCGCAAGUGUGGCCGGUCCUUUGCUAGGCGGUGCGUUCACUAGCAGCAGCGCAACCUGGAGAUGGUGCUUCUACAUCAACCUCCCGCUCGGUGGUUUUACUCUCCUUGUAGUGUGCUUGCUGCUUAAGUUGGAUGAGAAGAAGCCGCAACUUAAGACGUGGGGAGAGACGAUACGACAACUUGAUCCCUUGGGCACCGCAUUGUUCCUUCCAUCAAUCACCUGUCUCUUGCUAGCGCUAGAGUGGGGCGCCGCCGACUACCCUUGGACCUCGCCGCGGAUGAUCAUACUUCUUGUCGCCUUCGCAAUGCUACUGAUAGCGUUCGUGCUGUGGCAAUACGUCACCAGGCAUACCACUGCGACUCUACCAGCACGCAUUAUCUUCCAGCGGAGCGUAACAUUCGGUAGCGCAUCCCAGUUCUGUGUAGGCGCGACCAUGCUCACAGUCUCCAUCUACGUUCCCCUCUGGUUCCAGGCCAUCAAAGGUGCAUCUGCGAUGCAGUCCGGCAUCAACACCAUCCCGCUCGUUCUUUCGGUUGUCUUCGGCUCGAUCUUGUCUGGAGCUCUGGUACAGCGCAUCGGAUACUACACCCCGUUCAUGAUCCUUGGCUCAGGCUUGAUGGCUAUCGGAGCUGGUCUCAUUACCACUUGGGAGAUGACCACCGAUAACGCCAUGUGGAUUGGAACGCAGAUCGUUGUGGGCUUUGGCGUUGGCUGUACCAUGCAACAUCCCAACAUAGCCGUGCAAACCAUACUGCCCAAGGAGGAUGUUCCAACCGGCACGGCAGUGCUUUCGCUGUUCCAAACACUCGGUGGCGCAGUCUUCACAGCCGUCGGCCAGAAUUUGUACAUACACAAGUUCUCGUCUGGUCUAGAGCAAAUCGGAGGUCUGGACCCUCAAAAGAUCCUAGACGCAGGGGCCACCAACCUGACAGUUGGUGUCACUCCAGCCAUCAAGGCCCUGAUACUGGCAGCCUACAACGACUCGCUGGCACAUGGGACGUUCUUUGCGGCACUCGUCAUAGCCUGCCUUGCGAUACCAGCUGCUGUAGGCAUGGAGUGGCGAAGCGUCAAAGCAAAACCAGACACGUCCGUACAGCGACACGAUGAGAAGCGGGAUCAAAAGCCACAGCAGCCCCGUGGUAUCCUGAAAGCUCCAGGCGCUGGUGUGGGUCGGCAAGAAGCGAACCAGCCGGCGGUGACGGAGCCCGCGCCAGCUCUGAAGAAGAUGUUCCGUCAAAGUGGUCAGUUUGCGUCGUAUUUGACAGCCACCAUUAACCCCGACCUCCGUGAUCAACUGGGCCCGGGGAAGCAAGUUCGCAGGUGA